AUUUAUUUCUCAAAAAAAUAGUUAAAAGGUAGGUAAUAUUCUCCCAACACAAUAGAUUCCACCAUUAUUCUCGUCUCUCUCUCCCUCUCUUUUUCCAUAUAUGUUAUCAAAAUUCAACGUAAAAUUCUUAACAGUGACACCCUCUCUCUCUAGGUGGGCAAUUGCUUGUUGAAGACAAACACUUCCUCGACUAUCAACCAUGUUACUUCUCACCCAAAAAAUAAUUUUCUUGUAUGCUGACAAAACCCACCAUCCACACAUAUCAUUUCUUCCAUUGACAAAUAUAUUUUCUUUAUCUUUCACAAUUGGAUGAGACCCCAGUGGUCGAUAAUUGAUACAUGAUGUCCCAAGCGUCUUAACACGCACGAGGCGCUGACACAGGCACAGACAGGCGGAGUCGUCAAGGAGUCUGGAUCCAAAUAUUCUUCGUCCCCACUACAAUUCUGCUCUCGUGCUCGAUCCCCCUCCUUUUCCAUUUUUUGUAAGAUCGAUCAAUCACCUUUCCUCCAUUAAUAAUUCUUAUGAUCCAUCUUGAUCUUACAGAACUCAUCAAUGGUUGCCGAUGCUUGAUCAGUUAUGGCGUUCUACAGCUCCAAUUUUUUCUCUGCAGAUUACGGUCAGUACAAUCAAAAAUACCCUUACAUGGAUGGGUAUCAUGAUUUUGCUCCAUCUCAAUCCUCAGUUGCUUACUCCGGCUACCAGUUCACCCAUGGCGAUUAUGAUCCAAUCUCCUAUUCAAAUCAAUUCGUAAUUUCGUACUCCGCCCACUCCUCAAGCCCCAAAUUCGUCGAGUGCACAAUCCCUCCCUGUGUCGAAGGCCACGAUCUUGCUCCGACUCAGUUCGCCAUCUCCUACUCGAUCUCGGAAUUCGAUGAUUCUCAAUUUGAGAAGUACGAUCCGACGCCCUACGGCGGCGGUUACGAUCUCGCGGCGACCUACGGCAAACCCCUUCCGCCGUCCGAAGAGAUCUGCUACCCCCUUUCGUCGCCGGAACCCCACGCGCCGCCGAAUGGGAAGGACGGCGUUGGCCAGGCGAAAAAACCCAGUAAAGAAAUCGAGGCGAGCAGGGUUGUUGAUGAAGAAGAAAAGCAGCCUCCCCAUGCGCCGCUGCCGGAUGGUUUGCCCGACGGGUCUGUCGGGCCACCGGAGGGGAAAGAGGAGGUCGGCAAAGACACGGCGAAACCAAGUGAAGAAAUCGAGCCGAGUCUGGCUGUUGGUGAGGUGAACGAGCAGCCCUCCGGCGGCGGCGGAGGAGACAAGCUGAGCGGCGGGGAUGACUCGAAUGGCGCGGGAGAAAGCGAGGGAGUUCCGGUCGGGGUUGAUGAUUAUUACUAUCCUUGGUCGUGUUAUGAAAACGGGUAUGGGCGGGAGAGGGAAGCGGCCGGGGCUCCAUAUGGAUACAACCCGGAUGUGAUGGAUAUCUGUGAGGGCUUGUUUGGAUAUUGGCCAUGCUUGUAUAAGAAAGAGAGGAGAAAUUAUGGGGAUCAAAAGGUUUCAGUCUCUCAUUCCGAAGGGGAGAGUUGUGGGAGCAAUUGGUUGGAAGGAGCCGCAGAGUAUGUUUUUGGAGAUGGGUACGGGUACGGGUACGGGUACGGGUACGGGUACAUGGAUGGUAAAAAAUUUGGGGAAGGUGUGUCAUGGGGAUCCGAUCCAUGCCUAUGAAAGGCACAACGAGGAACAACCUCAGCGUGUGGUUGUAGAUUAUUGUGAGCAAUCAUGGGUGCAGAAAUUCAUUAUAUUCUGAAAUUUGUAUUUAGUUUUUUUUUUUUUUUUUGGGUGAGAAGUUGUAAUAAGGUAUGAUGCCAUUGUGCUUGUUUUGUAUAUAUUUAUGAUAUUGUUACCUUAAUAAGAGGCCAUUUUGGCCAAGUUUCAUGCCUA